GAGGGUUGUCAACAACAGUUGGUCAAGAUGGCUGCGCUGGCGGUGGUGAGAUGCGCGCUCCUCGUCGCGUUCUCGGUGUUUCUGACGCUCAUCCUCGGCUUCGGUCUGCCGUCCGCGCUCAACCUCGUCGCGCGAUGCUGCGGCUUCCCGGAGGCAAGCGUCACCGAAUGCAUAGUGCUCAUGUACGCGCUGUUCGUGGUGUACGUGGCCAUGCCUCGACUGCCAAGAGGAACUGUGAAGGUCGAUGGGAAGGCUGUACUCAUCACAGGGUGUGACAGCGGAUUUGGACAUGCAUUGGCUAAGCACCUCCAUAAGCUUGGUUUCACAGUGUUUGCGGGUUGUCUUUUAAAGGAUGGAGACGGUGCAAACGUUCUGCAAAAUCUUCAUUCAGAAAAGCUGAAGGUUGUACAACUGAAUGUGUGCAGUGAGGAGCAGAUCUCCCAGGCCGUUGAGUUUGUGAAAGCCAACCUGGAAUACCCGGAGAAAGGUCUGUGGGCUGUUGUAAACAACGCUGGUGUCUCAACAUUCGGUGAGGUGGAGUUCACGACUAUGGACACAUACAAGCAGGUUGCAGAAGUAAAUCUAUGGGGCACCAUCAGCAUAACCAAAGCCUUUCUGCCUCUCAUACGAAGGGCUCAAGGUCGCGUGGUGAACAUGGCUAGCAUGUACGGCAGAAUGGGAAACGCUCUCCGAUCCCCCUACUGCGUUUCUAAAUACGGAGUGGAGGCUUUUUCGGACUGUCUCAGGUAUGAAAUGAAGGCGUGGGGCGUCAAAGUGUCUGUCGUCGAGCCUGGAAACUUCAUCGUGGCCACAGGCAUCCUCACACGUGACAUAGUGACGUCAACAGCAGAGAAGAUGUGGAAGGAGGCGCCUUCUGGUGUUCAGGAAGAUUACGGGAAGGCCCACUUUGAUCUGAACAUGGCCCUUAUGCGCUCGUACUGCAACAGUGGUCAGCGUGAAAUAGAGCCUGUUUUAGACGACAUCACAGACGCCAUCACGUCGAACCGGCCGUACACGCGCUACAACCCGAUGGAGCCGCACUGGUGGAUCCGCAUGGAAGUAAUGACCCAUCUGCCAGGAGCCAUUUCAGACGCACUGUACUUUUAAUGACAUCUCAUAUCAUGAAGCGAUAUUAUAUGCUUUACAACAGCUUUGAUUUUGAGAGUUGGAGUGAUAAGAAUCACAAACAGAUUAUAAAGAAAUCUUCUGGGUUUAGUACAACGGCACCAGUGGCCGGCUGUCAGUUACCACAGACCAGAGGGGUCGCAAUACACUCGUAUUAAAAAUAACUGUGAUUGUUGAUAUUGUGUUAAUACUAAACACUUGAAACAUAUUUUUUUAUUUCAAAGACAUGGCAAUAAUAUUAUCUAGCAUCAUUCUCAAUAGUCAUCUAGUGACUAGUGAAAAUCUGAUAUUGUGACAGCCCUUACCACAGAAAAUAAUUAGUUUGUUUAAAGCUAAAUAAUAAACAAAUAUACCAUAUUUUUAAAAAUACACUUAUUGGGAACAUGUUAAAAGCAGGCAAAGAUCUCUGUGGGUGGAAAAAUGAAUACAAGUAAUACACAUAACAUUGGUAUUAUUUGUAUUUGUGAAUAAAUAUGAAGCUUGUAUUCUUAUUAGGUUUUAUCAUUCUUCAGUAAAAUUAAAAUCCAGUGUGCUGCGUGUUUAUUUUAAAAACCUCAAAAUUACUCUCUGUGGUACUUCAACAGCAGGCCAUAGGUACGGUCUACAAACCUUGCAUUGUAUUUAAAGGGAUAGUUCACCCUGUCAUAAUUCUGUCAUCUUUCACUCACCCUCAAGCUGUUCCAAACCUGUUUAAAGUUGUGACACUGAACACAGAAAGAUACUUGCAGUAAUGUCAGUAACCAAACAGUUCUGGGGAACUUUUACUAUGGGAAAAAUGACUAUAGUACUCAUUAGGGAUAUAACGAUUCCCUCAGCUCGCGAUGCACUUCACGAUUCUGAUCUCACGAUGCCAUUUAAUCCCAGUUUUUUACAGAAAGAGUUGAGGAAAAUUAAAAAAAUGAACAACUGCCCUUUUAUUAUUUAUAAAUUAGUUUUAAAACAAAUUCCAAAUCAAAACAAAAUGAAUUAGACAAAAGUAUCUUUCAUAUAAACAAACUAAGACUUUGUCAGGGCUUUUCCUUACUUUGAAUUUUUUAAGAAAUAUCAGGAUAUCCACAUUACCAACUUUGGAGAAAAACAGCGGCUCCGCUUUUCAAAAUAUGUACUGCGAUUUUUAUAAUGUCUCAACCGACUUGAAUCUUCACAUAUUGUAAUCGAUUUUCAACCUGCUCAUGAUGAAUCGUUACAUCGCUAGUACUCAUUGGUGCCCCAGGACUGCGUCACAUUCUUCCAAAUAUCUUCUAGAAAACAGGUUUAGAACAACUUCAGGGUGAGUGGGCCCUAAAUGAUGGUUUUUGGUUGAACUAUCCCUUUGACUGAAUAUUUCUAAUGUAUACACUUUGAUUCACUUGAUAUUAAUUAAUGGUUACACAUUUUGGGCAUAUACACAGAAUUUUAUUUUGAUGUAGUCACACAGACAUUUCCGUUAUAACCUGCAGUAAAGGUCAUAAAUAGUGAUAAGCAGAUUUAUAUGAAGAGCUGGCUGUUGAUAUGGCAACGCUGAAAGCCUCAGUGAGUUGAUUCAGGAUGACCAAUGAACAAAAGACGGCGUCUGUGGUUCUGCUACAGAAAUGAAGCAAGUGAGGGUUUGACAGGGUGAGCACAUCUUCGGUACAGUACACAUGUACUUAUGUAUGUAUCAAAGGAGUCCGAUAUAUUCAAUUUUAUACUGAUUUUCUCAGUAUCUUUAGCAUUAUAUGAAAUUUGGAUGCUUGAUUUACCUGCUGGAAAAAAUAGAACUGUGCCCAAAACACAACAGAACAUUUAAUGUUUAUAAUGGGAAUUGUAUUGGUUUUAAUAUAAACUGUAAUGGUGGUAUGCUAUCUGGCAGAGGGGAACCGAAAGGAUUUUUUUGUGGUGGAAAGCCAAUGGUUCAUAAUGGUAUUUUACUGUUAUUUUAAUGGUAUAAAAUUUCUGUGAUGGGUUCUGUUGUUUUUUCUGAAGGAUUCUAAUUUUAUAUAGCAAAAACAGCCAGGGAUGCAAAAAUGGCUUGCAAAUUUGAAGUCAACAAAUGAAGUGUCUUUAAUUUGUCAUGUUUGUAAUGACGUGCUCUCAUGUUUGGCCAAUAGGGGGAGCAGCUGCCACACACUAAAAUAGUAUUAUGAGAUUGUCAUGAAACUAUGAAUAUGUCAUCAGUGUUUGACUGUUGUCUUGAAUGAAUGGAGGCAUUGAUAUAACGCUUUAAUGUGUAUUGCUUUAAACCCAAAGCACUUUAGAAUCAUAUGAGGGGGUUUCUCCUCAACCACCACCAGUGUGCAGCAUCCACCUGGAUGAUGCGACGGCAGCCACAGUACACCACGCCAGUGCGCUCACCACAUAUAGGUGGAGAGGAGAGAGAGUAAACUCAGAGGGUGGUGAUUAUAAGGCCAUGUUUCGACAAGGGCCAGUGGAUGGAAUCUGGCCAGGACACCGGUGUCACACCCCUUCUCUUUACUAGAAAUGCCAAUGGAUCUUUAAUGACUACAGGGAGUCAGGACCUUCUUACUUGAUAACCUGUCAAUGUGAAUUUAAUUUGAUGUAAUUCUCCUAGACUGAAUGUGAUUAAAAUACUACCUACUGAUUUGUA